UGUCUGCGCGAGCUGGUUGCUCCGAAUCAGCUGUUGACUUCGGGAUGGUUAGGGGGCCGCUCUCAGGCACCUCUUUGAAGUUUCGCUGAUCACCAUGGCGGCAAACAAGACCGUUUUCGUCCUCGCGCCCAACGGUCGCCGGCAGAAUGUCAGGGUUACGAUUAACACGACGAUCCUGCAGGUUCUGGAGGAGGUGUGCCAGAAGCAGGGCUACAACGUCGACGAGUAUGACAUUAGACACAAUCGUCAGAUACUAGAUCCUAACACGAUAUUCCGCUUCACCGGCUUGCCGAAUAACGCACAGCUGGAGAUGGUGGCCUGCACGAGGGCGCGUGCCGCGUCGAACGUCACGAUCGGCAUUCAGCCGGAGGACGGGAAGAGGGUGCUGCGCGAGUUCCCGCCCGACACGACGCUGGCACGCGCGUUGACGGAGAUGUAUCCCGAUUCCGACCUCGAGCGAGCCGUGUUGAUCUACAUGCAUCGUGAAGUGUGCGGCAAAGAAGCGUUAGAGAAAACGACGUUGAAGUCGUUGGGACUCAACAGCGGAAGGGCAAUAUUAAGAUUGAUAUAUCGCGAUCAUGAACAGUUAAAGACUCAGGCGCACGUGUCUGCGCCUUUGCUUCCAAAGUCAGUCGCGGAUGAUUCAUCGAGCGACAGGGAUUGCCAAAGAGUGCCAUUAUCCACGCCACAUUGUAGCAAAACGAUGAGUGAGACAAUCAAUUUCCCAACGACAAGCACAUCGAAAGUGGAGAGUGGAGAAGAGGCGGGGGAUGAAGCGAAGGCAGACACGAAAGAUGAGAGAAUAGAUGCGUUUAGUAAUAAAGAUGCGCUUAGUAAUAAAGAACGAGAGAGAGAUACAUCUAAGGUAGGAGAGAGUCAUUCCAUUGCGUCCAGCCACGAGGAUCACGACGACAGGGCGGAUCGGCGGGUCGCGAAAACAUGCGUGCGGAACGUCCAGGAGAACGCAUACGAAAUUAAGUUUUUAGGGGAGAGAAAUGCUCUGGUGUUCAAUCAAGCCGGGACUCAGGCGUUGCCGAGGGACGAAUUGCCAGACAGCUUCUUCGAUCUCGAUCUGCACGACGCGAAGACGCUCUUACGGGACGUCAAGCGUCGUAGAGAGGAGCUCGAGGACGCUCCGCUUCAGACGGAGGCGCAGCGUCAGCUGGACCGGGACAAGCACUUGCUAGGCCGUUUGAACAAGUAUCGUCGCACCGUGAUUCGCGUGCAAUUCCCCGAUCAGUACGUUCUUCAGGGCUUGUUCGGGCCGCUGGAGACCAUACAAACUGUCAAGGACUUCGUCAGAAGCUAUCUGGACGAUCCGGAUUGCGAAUUCACUAUCUACACCAGCCCGCCAAGGCAUAUCUUAAACCCCGACGCACGACUAAUAGACGAAAAUCUUGUUCCCUCUGCUAUCGUUUAUUACUCCGGACAAUCAUCGCUAAGCGCGAAUGUAAAAGCGAAACUGACAGAUCCUAGAGCCGCUGGUGUCGAGGCUGUGAAAUCUAGACUCGCCACGAUGCGGAAAGAACAAGAUCCAACGACUGAAAGUGAUAGAGGCACAGUUGUCGAGAGCAAUCAUGUCACUCCGGGACCGAGUGGUAGCGGCAAAUCAUCAUCACCAUCGUCGUCAACUCAGAAUCAAAACAGGACACCAAAAUGGUUCAAACAGACAUUCAAAUAAUCGAGCAUCUUCAAAUAUCGACUAUCAAACAAUCGAUAGCACCGGAAAGGUGAUCCUCCUGAAUUUUCAAUAUAAACAAUAUGCUAUACGGAAUCUCUUAUGAAGACCAAUGUAGGCGCGAGCACAUGACGCGUAUACAUGUCGUCAUACGUCAUUCCUUUUAACGAGUCUUAAUGAAAUAUACAAAUCUGUACACAACAAA